AAGGUAACCUUCCUUUUUGGGGACAGCACACAACGUGGAAAACACUCCUGCCAGCAAUACAGAAAGAGAACAUGCUCUCAGACCCAUGUGGCACAAAUUCCACAGAACAAGGGCAAUAAAAACAUGCAGUGAGGACUUUGAGGAACUGAUCCACCGUGUCUCUACACUUACAGCAGGGCAAGUCUUUGGGAUGACAGUCUUGAUGUCCAGCCCCAUGGAAAAGCAGCCUUUACAGACUGAGGAGUGGAGGGUAUGGUUACACCCAGCAAAGAGAGCUGAUGCAUUGCUGGAAUCGUCUGCCACUGAGAGCUGAUGAGGAGGGAGAGAGUGGCUCGGCAGCUCUUCCUCCUCUGCCAGCAUCUUCCCCAUGGUUCAGCGUGUGCUUGCUCCGCGCGUGGGAUGGCCGGGCCCUGAUGGACGCCGGUGUUUGAGGGUCCUCCUGGAUGGCACAUAGUUGGUGCUGUAUCAGCAUAGAGAGCAGCAAUGGGAGUGUGCAGUUUUCUGUUGAAAAGGUCUCUCAAGAGCUCAUGAUUUUUUUUCCGUUUCUCCUCUCAACAUUCCUACUGCUCCACAGACAUGGCUCACCACGCAAGGCCUUCCAGAUCAGUCAAAAAAGAAGAGCUGGGCAAAAGGAAAACUAACCAGGGCAAAAAGAAAUCUAGCCAAGUGAGAAAGAAAACUACAAAGACUUCCACAAAAGCUGUUAGUUCUGGAAAAGGCAAAAAGCCAGCGCAAGAAAAAGAUGUUAAGAAAAAACAGCAAGAAAAGAAACCAAUCAUGAGCUCUUCGGGUAGACUUCUCAGGAGCAGUGUAACGAGAACCUUGUCUGGAGCAUCUUGGGUGAGUUUGGAGAAAGCUGACAACAUCCUCUUUCACAACCAGGAUUCUUUCAACAUCAAUGGCUUUACAAUGUCUCUCCGUAACCGACCCUUCUCCCCUAGAUUGUCCCAAACUCCAGUAAUUGCAAAACCCAAGAAAUCUGCAGUACAAAAAAGGCUGGAAACAAAGGAAAACCAUGAGCAAGGAGCCCUGGCAGGAGUAGAAGAGAAAAAUGAUGAAACAGGCCAAGUAGUUUUGAAACAAGAUUUAGCACAAGAUGAGUUGGCUGCUCUGCCAGUAGAAGGUUCUCCCUGUAGUGCAGGUGAAGGGCCUGCUCUCCCAUGUGCCAGUCAGGACAAGGAGGUAGAAAUACCUGGAACAAAUGACUCUGUUCCAAACAGUUGGGUAACUGAUGGUACAGAAGCAUCAGGGGUGAAAUCUAAGCAUGAAGGUCUGCCCUGUGAGCAGAUACCCAGUGAUCUUGACAUGGGUAGUUUGGCUGAAGCAUUUGUUGAAGGUGCUGUGCUUGUGCUUCCAUCUUUUCCUUCCAACUCCAUAAUCACCUCUGAAUCCGAGGUGUGUGGGGAGACUCCCUUCGAUGUGGUGCCCAGCAGUGAAGAACCUGACCCCGGCUCUGCUGUUACCUCAGACCUCAGCUCAGCAGGACUAGCACAAGAGUCAGUCACUCUUGCCACAUCCCACAUUGAAGCAGAGUUGGACCUGGUGCUACCUAGUGAAGAACAAGACCCAGAUUCUGCAGCUGUUGUUACCUCUGAGUUUCACUCACAAGAUUUAUUAGAAGAUGCAAGGUCACUUGCAGAGUCCUGCUUGAAGGCAGCCUGGGAUUUAGAAUCUGAGAAUAAAGACAUUGGUUCAAAUUCCAGCUCUGUAGCUGCCACUGAAUCAAAUUUGCUUUUACAUUUUGAAGGUGCAAGCUCACUUGCAGAAUCCCCCAUGAGACUGGUUGUGGAUUUUGUACCCAUUCCCAAAGAAUUUUACUCAAAUUCAGAUUUGAGCUGUACAGGAGAAAAGUCAGAGUUUGACACAAAAAACAUAUUUACAGUAUGUGAAUCAGUCUCCAACACCUCUUUAAACAAUAUUGAAGUGGAGGACAUAGAACAGCUUGUUAAAUGUAUCGAUGCAGAGACAUUAAUUUUGAAUUCAGGUUAUGUCCCCACUUUAUCUUCAGACUUAGAAAAAAGUACAUUCAGUAAAAUAUCUGGUGAAAGCUCUGGGCAGUUCUAUGAAGGUUUUGUUUCAGAGUUGCCUUCGAGGCUGGAAAUCUCUGCUCUUGCCUCAGAAAAAGCCAUAAAUGCAGAUUUGCCAGCUGACUCAAGACUGCAGCAUAAUGAUUAUUCAUCACAGCUGGGAAGUGUCGGAGUAAGCCUGAAUCUGGUUCAGGACAACGUGAGCAACAGCACUGAAGCAGUUGAGGCCUCAGGGCCAUCCUCUCUUAAAAAUCCAGCUGGUGGUUGCCCUGUUCCAUAUUCAUCUCUGCUCCCUAUGCUGGAGAAGAAGAAGCGAAGGCGCUGUGGAGUCUGCGAGCCGUGUCUGCGGAAGACGAACUGCGAGGAGUGCAGCUGCUGCAGGAAGCGCAAAACCAGCCACCGGAUAUGUAAGAAGAGAAAAUGUGAAGAACUGAAAAAGCCGCCGCCGCCAGUCACGCUGCCCUUCCAGGUUCUAACAGAAAACAAAAGGCCUCAGAGGAGGAAGCAAAGAGUUUUAAAGGCAAAUUUAGAAAACAAACCAGUAAAUGGCCGCAGACCAGAACUCAUGGAAUGCAGUAUAUGUGGUCAUGGUGAAAAAUACAGGGUGAAAAGCAAUCAAGCAGUGCCCAUUGAAAAUGUGCAGUGCAAGGAGAAGGAAAGAAUGACUGGCCUGGAAGCAGAGAAGUGGGCACAUAAUGAGAAGCCAUCCUUUGGUGUCCAUGUCAACGGUGACAUCCACGGAGCUGUGCCGGGCACCGAGCACUUGAAACAUGCUGGAGACAGUGACAGAGCAGUCUCCCCCAGUCAGUUAGCUGAGCCAAAAAAAUCCUUUGCACAGACCAUCAGAAAUGGCAUCAAACCCCUGCAUUAUUCACCACCAGAAGCCGUUGCUUCACUGAAAAAAGUGUCUGUAGAGGAAAGGACAGACUUGACGAGCAACUCCCACCUGCAAUGGACGAAAGGUACCAAUGUGAAUAACACAGUAAAUGCUCUGACAACUGGCAUUGGCUGUGCUCACCCACAAAACCAAGGAAAUGUUUUAAUAAAGGAGGAAAACUGCAUGUGCAGCAUCUCUGAGGAUUUUGAUAAGUCAGUUUUGCAGGCAGGUUCCAUCUGGGGUCUGCAGGAAAGCUUGUGUUGUCCUCCCCUGCCUGAAGGGGAACUGCAGGCAGGAAAGAAUGGCUUUGAAGUACCUAAGGUGGAGACACAGCCUGAGAAUCCUACACUCCAGUCAACUUUCUUGUCCCUGAUUAAAACCAGAAAUUUAACUGUGGAGCAGGUUGUAGCUAUUGAAGCUUUAACACAGUUAUCUGAAGCCCCUUUAGGAACAACUUCGCCAGCGAAAAUUGAAGGUACUGAAUGUACAGAAGAAACAACUUCCAACUUGCUCUAUAGUUUUAAAAGUGACACCUCGUCCUCCUUCACAUCUUCUGCACUAAAAGAGAUCAAAGACACUUACUUACAGAACGAGCAGCAGCUCCUGGCUCACUGCGCUCUCCCGCAGAAGCAGCUCCCUAAUAAGGCAGUGUUAUACAAUGGCCAAAGCUCAGUCCCAGAAUUGCAGGAUAAACCUGCCAACCUGGCUGGGGAGAUGUGUAAGUUACAGUUAUCCUCAAGAGAUACCAAAACUUUAUCUGACUUAACAUCUAAUGCAACAUCGCUUUCAGGAUAUACUAACGAGAAAAAUUAUGCUCAUGAUCCAGUUGCCCUUGGACAGUAUUGCAACGCUUCCUGUAAUGUCCAGCAAACAGGGAACAACUUGGAAACUCCUGGCCAGUUAGAGCAGAAAACGCCCUCUAAUGAUUUGAACUUGGAAACUGGUUCUUUGAUUAAGGAAGGAGGAAUUCACAGCCAGGAUGAAGAAGAUGUAGCUGCACAACUAACUCAACUUGCAGCACUGAUUGAAUCAAACCAGGCCAAUUUACAACAGAAGAAUGACAUAAAGGCAUCACUGAUUAAUCUAAUAUCACAGGAGAGGCAGCCAAAACAUAACCAAGAUGUGGUGCAGAAAAAAGAAUCCGCAUUUUUUAGGCAUAAUUAUAGUUCCUUACUGAUAAAGCAAAAACAAGUAACAAAUAAGAAAGGCGGUGCUGUGCCAUGGAAACCAAGACACAAAAAGAAGCCUCCAGAAGCACGCUAUCAACAGGCUAAUCAGAACCAGCUAGAGCUGUUGUCAUGCCAGCACAACGAGUUGCAGGACAUUUGGAUAUCAUCAAAACUGCACAAGCUUGGUCAAACCAUGCCCCAGGACUCCAGAAUAGCUCUGCCUGAAAAAAAAUCUCCAAGAACCAAAGUACAGAGAGCACAGAGUCAAAAUACUUCAUCAUCACAAGAAAAAACUAGAUUAUUUCUCCCCCAAACGCAGAUAAAAUUCCACAGAUGUUUACCUGAGGCACCACAAGAGAAAAAAAAAGACAGGUUGUUUGGCUGUGAAGUGGUGAAUGAGCAAAUGAAAACUGCAGGCUCCCGGGACCCACUGGGCACUGACCCACUGAAAAAUGAAGUUGUUGCACGUGGCCAACGCAGUGACCUGUCCUCCCAAAAUCCCCUGGCUGUUUCACAGCUGAAAACAGCAUCCUUGUUGAACAGACCAACCGAAAACCUACAGAUGUUUACACAACAAUGCAAUUCUCAGGUACAGCAAACAGCAGCUGGCAGUCAGGCACACCCUUUGCCUCCAACCCUUAACCAGUCCGACCUGAGAGCCAACGAAAAGAGCAGUGAGAGCACAGCCUGUGUCCAGCAGGGCACACAGGCAGACCCAAAGGUGCAGGUGCUGCCUGUUCCCUGUGGAGGGGCCCAGGUACCAGCUUGUGCCGAGGCUCUCAGGAACAUGGAGUGUGUGGGCGAGGUGACCGUCCUGACGUCAUCCAGUUUGGGUGCUGACCACGCACAGAGCACGGGCGACUCAGGGUGUUCCCCAGCAAAAAACACGCUCAGCAGUUUCCUUGAAUCACCUAUGAAGUUUCUUGAUACCCCCACAAAAAAUUUAAUAGAUACACCUACAAAAAAAGGACAGUCUGAGUUGCCAACUUGUGACUGUGUUGAGCAAAUUAUAGAGAAAGAUGAAGGCCCCUAUUACACACACCUCGGGACAGGACCCAGUGUUGCUGCUGUGAGAGAAAUCAUGGAGAACAGGUAUGGAGCAAAAGGAAGCGCUGUAAGGAUAGAGGUAGUGGUUUAUACGGGAAAGGAAGGAAAAAGCUCUCAGGGGUGUCCAAUUGCCAAGUGGGUGAUCCGCAGGAGCAGCGACGAGGAGAAGCUGCUGUGCCUGGUGCGGCAGCGGGCGGGCCACCACUGCCAGACGGCCGUGAUCGUGAUCCUGAUCCUGGCCUGGGAGGGGAUCCCCCACCUGCUGGCGGACACUCUGUACAAGGAGCUGACGCAGAGCCUGCGCAAGUACGGCUGCCCCACGAGCCGCCGGUGCGCGCUCAACGAGGAUCGUACUUGUGCAUGUCAAGGACUUGACCCAGAAACUUGUGGAGCAUCGUUCUCAUUUGGCUGUUCAUGGAGUAUGUAUUUCAAUGGCUGUAAGUUUGCCAGGAGCAAAAACCCCAGGAAGUUUAGGCUUCUCACUGAUGACCCUAAGCAAGAGGAACUUCUGGAAAAUAAUUUGCAAACGUUGGCUACUGAUGUGGCUCCAGUGUAUAAGAAGCUUGCUCCGGAAGCUUUCCAGAACCAGGUGGAGAACGAGCACAUGGGCCCCGACUGCCGGCUGGGCUGCCAGGCGGGCCGGCCCUUCUCCGGGGUCACGGCCUGCAUCGACUUCUGUGCCCACGCACACAAGGACACCCACAACAUGCACAACGGCAGCACCGUGGUCUGUACCUUGACGAAGGAAGACAACCGGAGCGUGGGGGUGAUCCCGAGUGAUGAACAGCUCCAUGUGCUGCCUCUGUACAAGAUCUCACAAACAGAUGAAUUCGGCACCGAAGAGGGCCUGGAAGCCAAGAUCAAAGCCGGGGCCAUCCAGGUGCUCACAGCAUUCCCCAGGGAAGUGCGGAUGUUGGCUGAGCCUCUCAGAGCCACCAAGAAAAAGAAACCAGACACGAGGAGGGCCCCAAGUGAAAAGCAGCCAUUAAUAGAUAAAAAGUAUUCAACACCGGUAAAGCUGAAAACCGAAGCCCCAGAAAAUCUGGGCAACGCUUUGCAUUGUUUAGGGAACAAAACAGAUGCUUUAAAACCUGGAAUAAAAAUGGAGACUUCCAAUCACCUGUAUGCCAUGAAACAUACUUCAAACACUACUAAAAAUUGCUCCUUACUAAAGCAGUGCCCAGCUUCCUCCCCCUUUAAGGUGGAUAGUUUACAUCCUUGUCCAUCUCUAGCACAUAAGCCUGGCCUAACAGCAGUGACUAACAUUCAACAAGAUUUUUCAGUUCCCUACGGGUAUUUUGAAUGCAGUACCAAGCAACCUCACGUGACACCUUACGUCAACUGCAAGAGCUUCGAUGUGUCGGUCAAGGAUUAUACUGGAAUUCUGCUGGACGAGAAGGUGAAUGGGGUGCCACCGAUGCUUCCCGAGGUCACUGCUCCAGGCCCCCCAGCCCACACAGACCCCCUGCCCACUAUACUUGAACAUCAGCCUGACAAACAGAACUGUCACCUCCAGCUGGACAGCUCUUCCUCACAGAUGGUCAGCUCUUGUGACUUGUCAGUACCGCUAAGCUCUCCGGCCACGGAUGCCGUUGGAAACGGAGCCGACUGUUCCCAUGGAUGCCCGGUGGAAAAGGGCAGCUCCCAUCGAGGACAGAUGUGUGACUUGGACUGUAUUGAGGAAAAGCAAAGCAGUGCACUGGGACACCCGGCUGAUUCUGAAGAAAAGGCUGAGGAAUUGUGGUCAGACAGCGAGCACAAUUUUUUGGACGAUGACAUUGGUGGGGUUGCUGUGGCACCUUCUCAUGGUUCUAUCUUAAUUGAAUGUGCAAGACGGGAACUCCACGCUACCACACCGAUCAAAAAACCCAACCGGAAUCAUCCCACAAGAAUUUCUUUAGUUUUCUACCAACACAAAAAUUUAAAUGAGCCAAAACACGGUUUAGACAUGUGGGAAGCAAAGAGGGCCGAGAGGGCGAAAGAGAAAGAAAAAGAAGCGGAACGACUGGGAACGGAGAAUUCAGAACUGAGCUCCAGCAACAGGAAAGCAAAGCAACCAAGUGAAAACAGAGACCUUUUUUAUGAAGACAAUGAGUUCAACCAAAUUCCCUCUCGCCGAGCGCUGACAGUGACCAAGGACAACGUGAUCACGGUGUCCUCGUACGCCCUGACGCGCGUGGCGGGGCCCUACAACCACUGGGCGUAGGUGGCAGGGCCCCUCCUGGCGCAGGGUCACACGGUGGUUCUCUAAGGUGCUGUUAAAGAACAAGUCUCCUGUCGUUUACUAUUUGCUCAUCUCAACCAUUUUAAGGCUGAGGUAGAAAAAAAAAAGGGGGGGGAUUUCUUCUUAAACUGUGACUUUAACAUUUGGUGGUGCUCAAGCACAUUUUAAGCAAAAAAAAAAAAAAAAAGAAAAGCUGUAUAGUUUUAAUACAUUCUAAAAAAGAUUUUGUUUAGGUUAUUAACCUUGAUUGAAUCAUUCAGUUUAUUACCUUUAGGAAUUUAUAUUUUGGUGCUUUAAAUAAAGUCUGUUUACUACAAAAAUCAUUUAUAGGGAUUUUAACAGGUUCACAUUUUAUGGUGUUAAAUCAAGUUAUACAGUUAUAGCUCUACACAGCUCUUGGUGCUUAACCACAUCAAACAGUUAAAAAUAAAUAAGCUGAAUUAUUACUUCAUGGUGCCAUUGCUUUAACAACUUCCAACCAUUGCUAUAUAGUCCAAAUUACAGAUAAAUCUUUUAGAAAACCAAUGAAUUUUGUUCUUUAGAUUUGUCAUUAUGUAUAAAAUGAAGUUAUUGGUAAGGAUGGCUGGAAGUUGUUUUUAAGCUGUAAAUAUAUAUUUUAAAAGCACUUUCUAUUUUUAAAAUUAACUUGAAAUAGUAUAGUCUAAGGAUCAUAUUGUCUAAGGUUUGUGCAUACUCUACAGAAGUGAUUUUAUUCUUGCUGUGUAGAGUUCCGUGUUGUUACAGCUGCAGGAUGUGCGCUCACAGCAUAUGUGGUUGGUUUUAACUUGCCCUUUUUCAUUGAAGAUUUUAUGUUGCAUAUAAACAACAGUUACGAAUUACAGAACCUUUUUAUUCCUUUCAAGAGAGUGUACAAACGUGAACCGAGGAGAUGUCUGGUCAGUACAUAUGUUGCUAUUGGGAGAUAUGAACAUGAUUUGCUUUUUUUAAAGGCAGCAUUUAUUAUGGUUUCUUUGAGCAAUAAGUGUGUAAGUCUCAUUCCUUUGGAGUAUUCUAAGUUAACAUGACAACCAAAAGUUCUUAAUGCCUCAGGGGUAGGAUUGUUUUGGGAUAAAAAAAAUACCCCUUAGAGUUGCCUUAUUCUGUUCUGGAAAAAAAAUUAAUUUGGAGAAAAUACAAAGAAAGUGUUGGAAAAUUAUUAAACUUCUAAUAUUUAACAGCAGAUUUUUCAUUAAGAAUAACCUAUCUGUAAUAUUCAUCAACUUUGAGUUCAGUUUUCUUACAAAAAUGUUUUGUAAAUUUUUGAAGCAAUUUAUACAUUUCUCUUCAAGAGGGUUGUAUCCUUUCUUCCAAACAUAUGAAGCUUAUGUUCUACAUUUCUGUUAAAAAAGUGACAUAUCACAAAACGAGUAUUUGCUAAAUCAGAGGAAAAACAGACACUCCAUUGCUUUUAAAUACUGUAGCGUCCCACUCUUCUUUCUGAUUCUCCUCUCCUAUGUAUUUCUUUUUUAAACUUAUUUAUUUAAACAAAUUACCAAAUGAAAACAUUAGCUAGGGACUGACCUCAUCCUGCACCUUGUCCCACAGGAGCCAGGACUCCUGGGAGAGCUGUAGGGUCAGGCCCUCACACAGAGCUGUACCUUCCUCCUGCCUCACGUCCACCCCGCCUGGGCUGCCUGGCGGUAGAACCAGGUCAGAGAGUUCCAGUGCAGUGCAAAGUACUGAUGAUAUACUUGAUAUAUUAUACUGUAGUGGUGCUGUGUAGGGGCGUAGCAGCUGUCUAGAGCUGCUUUAUUUAAACCCAGACAAGGUGCUUUUUCCUGGGGAAGCUCAAGUGCAAGCACUCUACAGUUCUGGUACGACAAGUACAUCAGUGGUGUUUUUAACACCUGGUGCCAGUCAAGACCUCGGUGCUACAACUCCAGUGUGGCUGCAGAGCCACGAGCCGGCGCUCCUGCACCCCUGUGCACACGGGUGGUGUCUGCAGGAGCGAGGGCUGAAGUACCAAUCACUCUGUAACAACCCUGGGUUCAAUUCCGCACAUUUCUGUUCAGAUUAACAAAGCUGUUGAUGGCAGAGGAUGGAGGGAUUGAACCUGUUCUUUGUCUCUUACCUAUUUUAAGUAAAAUUUGUAAAAACCGGGUAUGCUGCAAAUUUUAGUUGAAAGCUUAAUAUUAGCUCAAAUAGAGGAUAUGAAGGGAUUGUAAAUAAUAAAACAGAACCAAUAUUAUGCCAUCGUUUUGUACCAGCAGUUUUAUGCUUAUCGACUACGUAAUAUACAGUAUACAUCAAAUCAUUACGGUAUUUUGUGUGCCUUAGACUUCCAUUGUAACCCUUGUCUGUUUUUGGUGAGCCCAAGAUCAGUAGGAGUGGCAGCUGUCCGUACAGUGAGCAGUACUGUGCGUUCCCAGCUGUUCUGAAAGCCGUAGUCUCACACCACGAGCUUAGUUUAUUGGUUUCACUGGUAGUGCUGACAGCUUUAGUUUAUCUAGUGCUGUAAUUCAGCACUCCCAUGUGAUAAACACAUUUUCUACACAAAAUUAGUAAGUUACAGAGCCAUCUCUUUACCUUUUCAAAUGUUCAUACCAUUAAAGUGGAUCAUUUUUACUUGAAUCUUCUCCUACAAAUGCCCAUAUUUAACUUAUGGAAACUUCAAGAUAAAAAUGUUCCUUUGAAAAACCAGCAGCUUUCCUUUAAGAAGUGAGGCACUGAAGGAUGGAUCUAAAAGGAUCCCUUCAAACACAGGUAGUCCAGGUCUAACUUCUUUUGAAAUGGCAAUUCUAACAGAGAAACAUGUAUCUUAACAUAAUAGUUAAGCUAUUAACUGAUAGGUGCUAAACUCACAGUUACUACUUCAUUAACAUUACUCACCUAAGAAAUAGCUCAUCUCUACAAUAACAUAUCCCUCCUGGUGCUCUUCAUUUGACUAUGUGUCCCCUAAGCUGCUUUUCCAGCAUGUCCUACCUGCCAGGCAGGCUGGGCACAGGGCAGGCUGUGCUUGGAGAAGCUGGUAUUUUCUAUUGCUGUACUGCAGUAUAGAAAAUGCAAGUAUUUACUGUUUCUACAACUCUGUGCUAUUCUCGUAACACUUCAGAAUAUUUAUCAGUCUUGUACACAAACUGCAUUGUUUUCAGUAAUGUUAUUGUUUUAUAACAGUAUUUGUCUCUUAAGAUUUGCUACUCUGUGAGUUUGUUCUUUCCUUUGCUGCCCACACAGCCACUUGUAAUUUGCUCUUACCUCUUAACCAAGCCCUUCUGGGAUGGCCAGACCAGGGGCUGGAUCAAAAAUUAAGGUAGCUGGUUAGAUCAGACCUGCACGUUCUACUUAGUUUCCAUGAGCUGGCACAAUGUUCUGGAUGGAACACCAGUACAUGGAUUCAGGUCUGGGCUGGUGGUGGGGUGUGCUUGCCUUUGGAUCAUUUUUUACAGUGUGCUACCAAAAAUUGUCCUGAUCCAACAUGCAGCACCUCUGACUUCCAUAAGAAAUGUCUCAUCCCUUCACUGGGUCCAGUAGCAGCACUCCGCUUCCCCUCUGGAAGGAAGGAGCAGUGCUUGUUGCAGGAGCUGGUUCUGUUUGACUCCCUGAGUCCCUGUGGGAGUCGCUGCAGUCAUGUCCAAUUAAAUAGGGAAUUUACUGAUUUUUCACAUGCUAGUGUAUUACACAAAACAGGAAAAUAUAUUUCUAUACAUACUUUAGUCACAGAAGAUUUUUAAGAACUUAAAAUACUUGCAGCUUUCUACCUGUAACAGUUGUAUUCGAUUUUUUUUUAAAGGACUUUCUAAGCUAACCUUUACUUAGGAAUAACUGCUGGUGAAAGUCCUUUUCUUACCUAUGACAGUGCUUCUCUAGACUUAUAACAGAAAAUACCUGUAGUAUCUUAAGCCACAUUUUAUGUUAAGCAUGGGCAAAUGACAACUUCUCUAGGACUUAAGAUUCUUUGUAAUAUACAACUGGUGGGUUUUUUUAAAGACCUCUUUAAUUUCCUUGCAGUAUUAAGCUAAAUUUGGGUGCCGUUUAUGUUGCUGCAGCCCUGCUGACUGCUGAGUGCUCAUUCAUCAGGCUUUCCUGCAAUUCCCAAUUUAACUGGAUGGUACGGCCAAGAGCUGACCCAAGUCUGUGCCCAGUCAAGAGCCUUGCAGCCCUACCACUAUGAACAGGCUGGGCAAGAACAGAUGGAAAGAGAUUUGGAGUAAAUGUUUACUUGUGGUUAAACACAGAGGUUGUGUCGUUUGGAGCAUGACAGUGAUUCAGGUCUGUAGUGAGACACAAUUCUUGCACCUCAAGUCUCAGGCAGGUCUGUGUCAGACCAGCUCCAGGCUUGAGCUCUUGACAGCUUCUUGUGAUUUGUCUUAUCUGACAGGUUGGUCAAUGAGACAGAAGUUAGGGAAGCAGGCUAAGGAAAGUUGCAUCUUCGUGGGUUUAUAUUUAAAAUAUAAGGUGUCUUGCCCUUUCACUUCCCAUGGAACUUCUCCCAUGUUGAAAUUAGCUCUGUUUAUCAAGCAGUCAUCAGCUUUGUAGUCCACUUAUAUAUAUGGUUGUUCUCUUUUCCACAGAAAUCCUGGAAUUUCUAGGUCAUCAGGAGGAAAUAACUGUGCCCUCAGAUAUAUGGAAAACUAAAUUCUUGGUGACUUCCACGCUUUGGUUAUGUUAACAGCAAUUACAUUCAGGCAGCGUUGGACAAACUCUCUUUCAGGACUAUUGUGGUCCCUGAAAUUCAGAUUAGGGUCUUGGUGACGUCUACUGCAUAGAGUUGUGUUUUAUUUCUUGUGUGAAAGCCGUCUGCCUGUGAUGAUCUGAUCUUAACUAACACAGUUGGAGAUGAGGAACAGUCCAAUCACACUUGGAAGUUCUGGCUUGCUUUAUUUUAUCAGGUGUUGGUCUGUCUUGCAGGAGGAAGUGUAGAGGGAAUAUCUUUCCAUAAAAUUAGGUGGCAGAGAGAGUUGCCAUUGAUUGUUGUGACACCACGGUACUGCAAUAUCUGUGUCACAGCAUUGUUCUAACCAGGAAGAUGUUUCCUUGUGGAUAAACGUACAAAUUUACCUCUUUCCACAGCUCCUCCAGAGGCAGCAAUCUCCCCUUUGGUCUCUGCCUCCAUAUACUGGUUUAAAGAAAAAAAAAAAGAGGGAGAGAGUUGGUCACCCUUUCUUGAUCUGUGUAGGCAAAUGUAGCAAGCACCGUGUUCAUCCUCAGUCUGCUGCCCCUUCCCACCGUCAGGAUAGAGAAUAUGGAAAGCUGAUGGGAUGCUGAUUGGACUUGAUGGUCUUUAAGGUCUUUUCCAACCUUAACAGUUCCAUGAAUCUAUGCACAGCAUGAGUAAGGUACAGUUGGCUUUUUGAGACAACCUUCUCUGUACAUGUGCUGUAUGCCAGGGUACUUCUUUAUAUUGACGCUUCUUUUGGUACAUCUGACUUUAAAGUCAUAAACUUUUUUUAUUUAGUCUGUGACACACUUAUAUUCACCUGUAAUCUAAACCAGAGUGAACAGUGUCAAAAAUCCUGGGAAUGGGGCUACUUAGUGGAACAGUUCUGGAACUGGUUUCAGUCUCUUUGGGGAUUACUGAUGGUUGCUCAGUCUUCACAAGCGAUCUAUAUGCUGCUUUAGCAUGUUGCUACAAAAUCAUAAUUAUGUAAAGGAAAGUUUUACACCUGAGGUUUCCUGAAAGACCAAGGAUUUCUAAUAGUAACAUCUGAUCAGGCACCAGGAUAUAUACGGAUCACUUCCUGAAGAGUGGUUAAAAAUUGGUUGUUGAUUACUUCCCUAUUAAAACAUUUCUCGUUCUUUUAGAGAGUCAAAUAAUCAGUUUUCUAGUUAACUUUUACAUUUCUUGAUGUAGUUAUUACAGUCUGUAAGUAGCCAAACAAAAGAGACUUUGCAGGACUAAAAAACUGCUGACCCCUGAGAAGGAAAUGUCAUCCCUUCUCAGAGUACAGGAUUUUUGUACUAGUUUUUUUUCCCUGUUGUGCCAGCAUCUCUGUGGAAUGCCUCUUGUCUUCUGAGUUACUCUUAACAGCUCUGCCCAGUUCCUGACAUAAAACAGCUGCUGCAGAACCUGCAUGACUGAAAGAGCAGGAGUGUUUCUUUACAUCUUCUGGUUAGAUCAGUCACAGUCCUUGUGAGACACCCAAGUAUGGUGUAAGUUAAAUGGUGCAAGUUAAAUGGCUUAACUAACAUAGGACUCCCUGGAAAAAAGAUGUUCUUCCUCUGUAGCAGCAAAUGGAAUUGAUGGAGCUUGAGCAGAAAAUAAUGAAGUAGUCGCUGCCUUUUGUUAAAGGGUGUCAGGGUGUCCGCAUCACUGUUUCCCUCUUUCUGAGACAUAAAGAUUUUAGGAUUCUUUUUCCAGUUCAAUUCCCCAUUUCAUCAUCCCAACAUACUGCUGACUUCAGUUUUAAAAGAUACAAGAUGCUUCUCGAUGCUGUUUUCUUUAUUUCUUCCCAAAAGAGUGCAUUUUCCUCUUUUCUUCUACUGGACCAUUAUAUAUGGCAUUUUUCCACACAUACUUGUAUUCAAAUACUAGAAUCUUCCAACAGCAUUCUUGCACUGAACGCAAGACCAGGGUGCUAAACAACAUGAGGGUGACUUGCUCUGUCGGGUGUGACUGGUCAGAGGUGCUGUUUUCAAUGCUGCACACCCUACAUCAUUCCUCAGAGAGUCACAGAAUGCAGGGGGACACCUCAAAAGCUCCAUGUGUAAGGAGGAGGACAGGUCUGGCACUUAAUCUACAGGGUUAGCAGGUACAGCAGAUGAACUGUGUUCCAAAGAAGUGCUGUUGCAGUGGAGCAAGGGAACUGCUAGUUUGAUGUUCAGUAUUGCAGUUGUUGCCACACAACGUUUUGAUACUGUCGUGGAAAGUUUUGUGACCUGAUCAGUAUUUUACAUGUAUAUCUGUAUUUUUUAUUAUGAUGUUGUAAUGGAAAAGGGUCUAGGGUAUGGGAGUGGUCUUAAAAUAAGAAUGAAGGCCCUGAUUCUCACUUAUACUACUGUCCUUUGCAUUGCAGUGAAAGGAUAAAGGGGCCUUAAAUGGAUGUCACUUUAGCUUAUGCCCUUUGGAGUAUCCCAUCACACUGACCAUGGUAUAAAAGGUCGGUAGUAUAAAUCAAAAGUUACCAAAUGACUGAUCUGUACAAUCAGCUGAAAUCAAUUGCAUGGUGUUCCUACUGUGCACAUACUGGCCAGUAACAUCCACAUUGUUCUUAGGUUAGAAAUAUAGGUUCAACAGAAACUGGCUUGGGUUUUACCAGGUUUGAAGUAUCCAUUUAUAUUUGCUGUCCUUUGCCCAACAUUGUCUCCAAAGCCAGUGUGGUAAAAGAUUUGUGCCUCUAGGUAAUGGCCAGCCCAGAAAUCUCACAGAAUUGUCAAUAAUACCAAUUUUAAGAUUUGGUAGUUUUUCUUAAAAUACUUGCUUGCCUUUAUCAUAAUUUGAUCCCUUUUCCUUGCUGAUAUGAAGUGGGGUUGUGACAAUCUGCCCUGCCUGCAGAGCCAGCAGGGUUUGCAGUGUUGUGUGCUGUUGUCACACUGGGGGACUUUUGGGACCCAAAGCUAAAAGCCAGCACUUCCUGCCUGCCCUGACUGUGGUGCUACUUGCCAGGGAAACCAUCGGCAUUGCUCUGCAUGCUGAGUCCUGCUGAGCUUCCCUUGCCAGUGGAAGCAACAGCCCCCCUAUAUAUUCCGUAACUGCAGUUAUGGAAUGCAAGGCAAUGCAAACUUCUCAUUCAAAAAAAACGUUUGAGGAAAAGGAAAUAUACUUUCAUACCUAAAUUUUUACACAUCAGCAAUACUGCAGAGCCUAAUGAGAACAGGUUUUGUACCAGCUUUGUGAAUGCCUGUCUAAUCCACGCAAGUCCAAAGGCAGCAGCUGAACUUCAUGAAUCUCUGGUCCUCAAAAUGCAAAGAUAUUUGUAGGCCAGAAAAACAAAUGGGAUAUCCCAAUACCACUAAAUGAAAGCCAGUUCUAACCAAUGCAAACAUUCAGUUCAGUUUUUAGCAGUGAAUUAUUCCACGAUUAUUUGUUCAGUUUGGAAGAGACAGCUCUUCAUAAUGUGACAGUACCACACCAGGUCACCAGUACUGAUUGGAAUUUGCUGUCACUAAGAACAUUAAUAUGUAAGGACACACUGUACUGAAAUGCUAUGGCCAAUUAAUUCCUUCCUGCUUUGCAAAGUAAAAAGACUUAACAGUGUGCUGAAGCAAAGGUAAAAGAGUCACUCUUUCUUUCCUUCUCUCUUCUUUUCUCUAUUUUUCUUUCUUUCUUUGGGAUGCAUUUGAUAUUUAUUUUUCAACUUUGAAGUUUUAUUUCCAGUUACCAACCUACUGUAUUGAAAUCUGGAACAUAAAUUUAACAUUUUUUAAAUAAAAGAUUAUGUACAGGGAGAAAAAAAUCAGAAAGAAAAAGCACUUCAUUAUGUCACAGUAUUUACAGGAAAAAAGGAUAAAAAUUACCUAUUUUCUUAAAAAAAAAAAAACAUUUGGGGCCUGAUUCUUUCCUAGUAUAACUGAGCACAGCUCCCUGAGGCUGGUGGAGCUGUGAAGAGUUAUGCUGGCUGAGAAAUGGAACCUUAAAAUCUUCUUUGCAGACAAGGGAACCCUUACCAGCAGUACUUGAAGACUUGUGAGUUGUGACUGCAUGUUACUUGAAAGAUCUAAUUAAGCUAUGUUUUUUGGUGCAAGCAGUUGUUGUACAUGAUUUCAUGUUUAUGUAGCAAGAUGCAUUGAAAUGUUGAUACUAGUAUUGAAACAUACAUGUAAAAAUUGUUGUUGUGGAAAUUGUCUGUUCUGUUCUAUUUUUCUUGUGUGUCUCAUCUGUUUAGAACGUAAACUUUCUUUUUUUUUUUUUUAUUGUCCUAACUGAAUAAGGCUAAAUGAAUACUGUAAUUGAAAAUAUAUUUUAAAUCUUGUCAUGAGUUUUUAAAAAGACUAUUACAAAUUGUAUCAUUCCUGAUUACACAGAACUUUGUGGGUGGUUUUAAAUAAAUUUUAUACUUCUAUUUUGCA